AUGUCGCGCAAACAAAUUGACUCCCGCAUCGGGGCGCUCAUCGACAAUGCGGUGCAGGAGAAGAAGCGAAGCUUUUUCGUGGUCGUUGGCGACCAGCAGGCUAAGGAUGUCAUUGUGAACUUGCACUUCAUCAUGUCGAGGAAGAACAUUAAGCAAAACAAAUCUGUUCUCUGGGCAUAUAAGAACAAGCUCCUAGGCUUCACAAGUCAUCGCAAGAAGCGCGAAGCUAAGAUUAAGAAGGAGAUCAAGAAGGGAAUCCGAGAAGCCAAUUCCGAGGAUGCUUUCGAGCUGUUCGUCUCGCUCCACAACAUUCGCUAUACAUACUACAAGGAGACCGACAAGAUCCUCGGUCAAACCUUCGGCAUGUGUAUUCUACAAGAUUUCGAAGCCAUUACGCCGAACAUUCUUGCGCGAACGAUAGAAACAGUUGAGGGCGGCGGCAUGGUCAUCAUGCUUCUGAAGGGAAUGAACAGUCUGAAGCAGCUCUACAACUUGUCCAUGGAUGUCCACUCAAGGUAUCGCACCGAGGCCCACCAUGACGUUGUCGCUCGGUUCAACGAACGUUUCCUCCUGUCAUUGGGAAGCUGCGAGUCUUGUCUGGUCAUCGAUGAUGAACUGAAUGUGCUUCCCAUUUCCGGUGGUAAGAGCGUGAAGGCUCUGCCUCCACCAGACAAGGACGACUCGAAGACCCCCGCGCAGCUCGAAUUGGAAGCUAUCAAGGAUGAAAACCAUGACAGACAGCCCGUUGGGUCUUUAAUAUCUCUCGCCAAAACUGUUGACCAGGCCAAGGCCUUGAUGACGUUCACUGAGGCCAUUGCUGAGAAGACCCUUCGCAGCACUGUUACCUUGACGGCUGCUAGAGGUCGCGGUAAAUCAGCAGCUUUGGGUGUCGCCGUAGCGGCAGCUGUGGCAUACGGCUAUAGCAACAUUUUUAUCACGUCUCCUUCUCCCGAAAAUUUGAAGACACUCUUCGAGUUUGUCUUCAAGGGGUUCGAUGCGCUCGGAUACGCCGAUCACGCCGACUACUCCAUCAUUCAGAGCACAAACCCCGACUUCAACAAGGCCAUUGUUCGCGUCAACAUUCACAGGCAGCACAGACAGACGAUCCAGUACAUCAGACCACAGGAUGCUCACGUGCUUGGCCAGGCAGAGUUGGUGGUGAUUGAUGAGGCUGCUGCUAUUCCCCUACCUCUGGUUCGCAAGCUGAUGGGACCGUACCUGGUAUUCAUGGCCUCUACUAUCAAUGGUUACGAAGGAACUGGAAGGUCGUUGUCUCUGAAGUUGAUCAAGCAGCUGAGGGAGCAGUCGGUUGCCGCAUCAGCAAGCAACGGCGAUACAGAGCUUGCAGACCGAUCCACAGGUAGGGCUGCGAAGUCUGGCGAUUACCAGGCCAGUCGCAAGCUACGUGAGAUUUCACUAGACGAGCCCAUCAGAUACGCCCAAGGUGAUGCGGUUGAAAAGUGGCUCAACAAGCUGUUGUGCUUGGAUGCUACUCUGCCCAAGUCCAAAUCCAAGUUCGGGUGCCCUGACCCAGAAAAAUGCGAGCUUCUUGUAGUGAACCGGGAUGCGUUGUUCUCAUUCCACCCUGUUCCAGAAAAGUUCCUCCAGCAGAUGGUGGCGCUCUACGUGGCAAGCCACUACAAGAAUAGCCCUGACGACCUGCAGUUGAUGAGUGACGCUCCAGCCCAUGAGCUGUUCGUCCUUGUCCCACCUUUGUCGGAGAACACAGGCGCCUUGCCAGAACCGCUAUGUGUUAUUCAGGUAUCCCUGGAAGGAAAGAUUAGCAGACAAAGCGUUCUCAACAGCUUGAGCAGGGGCCAGCGCCCCAACGGUGACCUGAUCCCAUGGCUUGUCAGCCAGCAGUUCCAGGAUGAGAAUUUCGCAUCAUUGUCUGGUGCCCGGGUUGUCCGCAUUGCCACCAACCCCGAGUAUGUGUCCAUGGGCUACGGUACCAAGGCACUCCAGCUGCUUACUGACUACUAUGAGGGACGUUUCGCCAAUCUCUCCGAGGAGGACCAGAUUAUGGAUGACCAGGCACGGCGACCAACGGAUGCCGAACUUGCAAAUGGCUCCCUGAGUGAUGAAAUCAAGGUCAAGGAUAAGAACGAGAUGCCUCCUCUUUUCGCCAAGCUUGACCAAAAGAAGCCCGAGGCCCUCGACUACAUGGGUGUAAGCUACGGAAUGACAACUCAGCUGCUCAAGUUCUGGAAGCGCGCCUCAUUUUCUCCGGUCUAUCUCCGCCAAACGGCGAAUGAUCUUACCGGUGAACAUACCUGCGUGAUGCUUCGCCCCCUCGAUAAUACUGCAGACAAGAGCUGGGCCGGUGCUUUCUCGCGAGACUUCCAGAAGCGAUUCUUGUCGCUGCUCUCUUUCCAGUUCAGGGCGUUCUCUGCCGGUACUGCUUUGUCAAUUGACGAGGCGGCUGUUCGUGGCGCACAGCUUGACACUACAGAGGUUGCACCCCUGACCAAGGCAGAGCUGGACCAACUGAUGAGUCCGUUUGACCUGAAGAGACUCGAGUCGUAUGCCAACAACAUGCUUGACUAUCAUGUUGUGCUUGACCUCCUGCCAAUCAUCGCUACCUUGUACUUUACGGGCAAGAUCCAGUCCAGCGUGAACAUGAACGGCCCUCAAAAGUGCAUCCUCCUGGGCAUCGGAUUACAGCGCAAGGAUCUCGACACCGUAGCUGCAGAGCUCAACAUCACAUCCGGACAGCUCCUCGCCCUGUUCAUCAAGAUCAUGCGCAAGGCAACCGCGCACUUUGGAUCUCUGGUCACGGCCGCCGCUGUAGCAGAGCUUCCUUCUACUGGCGACCUGGGAAUAAGCCGGGAGAACGCAAGUGGUGUCCACGAUGACGAGAUUGUGGAUGAGCGGUUUGCUCCCCUUGCCGUCACGCUGGACGAUGAGCUGGAGGAGGGUGGCGACGAGGCUCUCAGAACUCUUAAGCAGAAGCAGAGAGAACUGAUUGAUUCGCUACCGCUUGACCAGUACGAAGUCGAAGGUGAUGCUCCAGCAUGGCAAGACGCAGAGAAGCAAGUGAGAAACGCCACCAAGGACGGUCGCUCCCUAGAGGUGAGCGUCAAGUCUGCAAAGCAGAAGAGAAAGGCGGGCCAAACGGCAAGUGAGGUGUACGAAGAGGCAUUUGGGGAGAAGCCGAAAAAGAAGGUGAAGAAGGGCAAGAAGGCCACCUGA